AUGCUGAAUCCAGAAAAGAACAAGACCGCUCUUGGUCCUACCAGCGUUGAUGAUUCUCUCGGUGUAUGCAGCAAUGACCUCGUUGGGUCAGGCGAGAUGAGUGAAGUCGACGAAGCGAUGAAGAGGAGAGUUCUUCGAAAGACGGAUUUCAUCAUUCUUCCAAUGAUGUGUUUUGUGUUUUUCUUCCAGUAUUUGGAUAAACAAAGUCUCGCCUACGCCUCAGUCUACAGGUUGGUCACAGACUUGAAUCUGGCUGGGACGCAGUAUUCCUGGACGUCUGCCAUGUUCUACGUUGGACAACUCGUCUCUGAAUUCCCAAUCAUAUAUCUCAUGUCCAGGCUCCCUCUCUCGAGAUUUGUUGGUAUCACCAUUGUCAUCUGGAGUAUCGCUUGCAUGUGCCUCGCUGCUCCCAAAACCUACGGGCAAUUCCUCGUGGCGCGAUUCUUUCUAGGUGUGACCGAAGGUGCAGUCAGCCCUGCAUUCAUCACCAUCACGAGUAUAUGGUACAAAAAGAGUGAGCACCCACUCAGAAUAGGUUGUUGGAUCACUUGCAACGGCCUCGCCUCGACAUUAGGUGCACUCCUCAUGUACGGAAUUGGCGAAAAUAAUCACAUUGCUUUAGCAAAGUGGAGGGUCCUCUUUCUCAUCUGUGGAGGCCUUACCACGGCACUUGGUGUUGUCUUUUAUUUUCUCAUGCCCGACAAUCCGCAGACGGCUUGGUUUCUGACGCCAGACGAGAGAGUUGCGGCCGCUGCCCGACUGGCCGAGGAACAUGACGGCGGAGACAAGACCGACUUCUCCAUGGCGCAAUUGCGGGAAGCAAUGGUGGACUUUAACUCGUACUCUGCGUUCCUCUUCGGUGUCUUGGUCACGGCUCCUGCCCCUGUCUUGACGUUCGCAUCGCUCAUGAUCAAGCGGCUAGGAUACACGUCGGCACAAACGCUUAUAUAUAAUUCACCAGCCGGAGCUGUCCAGAUCCUCGCAAUCUGGGCUGGCGUGAUUGCCUGCAAAUUGUUUCCCAGGAACCGCUGCCUCGUGGUUGUGGGCUUGAUCAUGGUACCGAUCGCUGGCUGUAUCAUGCUUUUGACUCUGCCAUUCCAAGGCUGGCCCAUCAUUGUUGGGUCCUGGUUGGGAGGUACUGGAUCUAGUAUCUUUACUAUCACGAUGAGCCUCAACGCAUCAAACGUCAAGGGUAACACGAAGAAAUCCAUCGUGAACACGCUAUAUUUUGUAGGAUAUUGCGCCGGCGGCAUCGCGUUUCCCCAGCUUUGGAGCUCAGUGGACGCGCCGAGGUAUACAAAUGGUCUCAUCUGCUCUCUGACAGCCUGGGGCCUCUUUGUUAUCCUCAUGUUUGUUUACUGGACUGUUGCAGCGCGUCGGAACAAAAGCAGAGAGAAGAUGUGCGAAAAUCAUCAGGUGAACAACUACGAGUUUGGUGCAGAUGUCACGGAUUUGGAGGACAAGACCUUUCGGUACAGCACAUAA